CCUUCUUGGGCACGGCCGUGCCGGUUUGGCGGGGUGAAAGGUUGCGAAGAUGGCGACGGCCUUGAACGAGGAGGAGCUGGACAAUGAAGACUAUUACUCGUUGCUGAACGUGCGCAGGGAGGCCUCUUCUGAAGAGCUGAAAGCUGCCUACCGGAGGCUGUGUAUGCUCUACCAUCCCGACAAGCACCGAGACCCAGAGCUCAAAUCACAAGCAGAACGACUGUUUAACCUUGUCCACCAGGCUUAUGAAGUGCUUAGCGACCCCCAGACCAGGGCCAUCUAUGAUAUAUAUGGGAAGAGAGGACUGGAAAUGGAAGGAUGGGAGGUGGUGGAAAGGAGGAGAACACCAGCUGAAAUCAGGGAAGAGUUUGAGCGGCUGCAGAGAGAGAGGGAGGAGAGGAGGCUGCAGCAGCGCACCAACCCCAAGGGGACCAUCAGUGUUGGCAUCGAUGCCACUGACCUUUUUGAUCGCUAUGAGGAGGAGUACGAAGAUGUGUCCGGAAGUGGCUUUCCACAGAUUGAAAUUAACAAAAUGCAUAUAUCUCAGUCCAUUGAGGCACCCCUAACAGCUACAGACACAGCCAUCCUCUCUGGAAGUCUCUCAACCCAGAAUGGGAAUGGAGGAGGUUCCAUUAACUUCGCACUUAGACGAGUCACUUCUGCAAAGGGAUGGGGAGAGUUAGAAUUUGGAGCCGGGGAUCUGCAGGGACCUUUAUUUGGUCUGAAGCUCUUCCGUAAUCUCACACCAAGAUGCUUUGUGACGACAAACUGUGCUCUGCAGUUUUCAUCCCGUGGAAUCCGGCCUGGCCUCACCACAGUCCUGGCUCGAAACCUGGACAAGAACACCGUGGGCUACCUGCAGUGGCGGUGGGGCAUCCAGUCAGCCAUGAACACUAGCAUCGUCCGGGACACCAAGACCAGCCACUUCACGGUGGCCCUGCAGCUUGGAAUCCCUCACUCCUUUGCACUGAUCAGCUAUCAGCACAAAUUCCAGGACGAUGACCAGACGCGCGUGAAAGGGUCCCUGAAGGCAGGCUUCUUUGGGACGGUGGUGGAGUACGGAGCAGAAAGGAAAAUCUCCAGGCACAGCGUCCUAGGCGCAGCUGUCAGCGUUGGAGUCCCUCAGGGCGUUUCUCUCAAAGUCAAGUUAAACAGGGCCAGUCAAACCUACUUCUUCCCUAUUCACUUGACGGACCAGCUUCUUCCCAGCGCCGUGUUCUAUGCCACCGUGGGGCCGCUCGUGGUCUACUUCGCUCUUCAUCGUCUGGUCAUCAAACCGUACCUCAGGGCUCAAAAAGAGAAGGAGUUGGAAAAGCAAAGGGAAAGCACAGCCACUGACAUCCUGCAAAAGAAGCAAGAGGCAGAAGCUGCUGUUCGGUUGAUGCAGGAAUCUGUCCGAAGAAUAAUUGAGGCAGAAGAGUCCAGAAUGGGGCUUAUCAUUGUCAACGCCUGGUACGGGAAGUUCGUCAAUGACAAGAGCAAGAAGAGCGAGAAAGUGAAGGUGAUUGACGUGACCGUGCCCCUGCAGUGCCUGGUGAAAGACUCGAAGCUCAUCCUCACGGAGGCCUCCAAGGCUGGACUGCCGGGGUUCUACGACCCGUGUGUGGGUGAGGAAAAGAACCUGAAAGUGCUUUACCAGUUCCGAGGCGUCCUGCACCAGGUGAUGGCACUAGACAACGAGGCCCUUAGGAUACCAAAGCAGUCUCAUAGGAUUGAUACAGACGGAUAAGCUGCUUGAGAAACCAGAUUUACAAAAGGCUGCAAAAAAUCUUCCUGAGAAUCUACAAAUCCAGAAGCAGGGAAAAAACCCAGACAUCAGAUGUGUUUAUUUUAUAUUAUUCCUAUAGAGAAGGUGGUACCGUAUCAAUGAUGUGGAGGGACACACAGACACCCCGUGUUCACGGGUGCUGGAGGGAGGACUGAGGCAGCCCCACCCAAACCAGAACUGCAGCACGGCCUAUGGCUGUUUACCCAAGGAUCGAGUCCCUGGAGGGGAGGCCCCAGCCCCUGGGCUCCUAGGCUCCUGAGCCCGGGUGCUGACUGCAGCCACCCAGUAGUGCUCAGUCUAUUUGAGGUAUUUAUGGAACAUCCUGCCCUCACACAUAGGACUGUGAACUACUUUUCCUAAAAUCCACACCGAGCAUGGAAAACAAAAUGGAAAGGAAGUUCUCUUGAGCAGAGGUCUCCAGAACAAGUGAACAUCUGUUCAGUCAACUUCCCAAAACUACUUUUUCCUGCUGAAAUAUUAUCCAGUGAAUCUGGAGAGGAUUGUGUGGGUUUAUAAAUCGGCUUUUUAUCUAAGAACAAAUGGCUUUGGAAAUUAGUGUCUUUUUUCCCCCUCCCAGAACUUCUUGAAUCAUUCCACUGGCAUGUGGCUUAGACUGGAGAGGUGUAACCCCCGGUCCCAAGGCCCAGCCCUGUCACAGGUCCCUUCCUCCCAGGAGCCACCCAUGUCCUGGGGGCAAAAGGCAGGUGUGAGCCAAUCCACCUUCACGUCCCUCACAGCCCGCCCCCCCCCCCCCCACAGCUCAGCUGACGUACCUCUGCCCCCAACACUGGAGCACAGGACAAGGGAGAGGACCGGAGGAGGGGGAAGCACGGGGCAGGGCCGGGCAGAGUGGAAAGGACCCUGGACCCCGGCUCCGGUACUUGCCAAAUCCCUGGUGCUGGGACAGCAAGGCGGCCUGAGCCUCUCUUGCUUGUGCGCGGCUGGCAGGUGGCGCUGCUGCUCCCACACCUCCUCUAGUCCCAACUCUCUCCUCUAAGGGAACUGUGGUGUCUGCUCCCCAGACCCUCUUCCUUCACCUGCCUCUUCUGGGGAUGCAGAGCCCUUAGGAGCUAGAAUGCUCCUGAACCGCCUGCUCUGUCUGGUGACUGCGAGUCACUGAUGAGCAAAGAGGCCCUUUGGUGGUGGUUCUGACAGCCCCUUGCAGCUGUUGCUAAAAUCAGGCUUCGCUCCUGGCGGUGGUCCCGGAGUCAUCGCUAAUACUCUCUUCCUCCAGUUUUCAAAACAGUUCAGGUUGUUCAAUUCUGUAAUAUUUAUCUCCAUUUAAAGAAGUUUCUCUACGAGCUGCUGCUCUGAAUGUAAAUCGUGCAAUAAGCAUGGCGUGAACUGCCUUUGGACGCAGCCAUGUGUUCCCUCCAUGGCAGGUGGCUCUUUGGGGCACUGAUUCUCUUAAUUUUGUCUGAAAUGGACUGUACGGAAGGCACUCUCUUAUCACAAUAAACCUUUCCUGAAAACUGGG